AUGAAAAAGAUCUAUUUAGCUCCGCCACUUAGCAGCACCCUGGAGGGGGCCUGUCAUUACCCUGACUACAGUGAGAUGCUGAGCACAGCCAGCGGUGGCUUCCCAACAACAGUGCAGAAUGAGGGUUGCAUUGGUGUGGACUCUGCCUCCCAGUCCCGGAAGAAACGAAAGCGCUGUGGGCUCUGCACACCUUGCUUAAGGAAGGAAAACUGUGGGACUUGCACCCAUUGUAUGAAUCGAAGAACCAGCCACCAGGUCUGCAAGAUGAGGAAAUGUGAAGCUCUGAAGAAAAAGAAACUGGGGUGCAUGAGAGAGGUAAGUGUUCCUCUUCUUAGAUGUUUGUUUGAAGGGAUUCCUUCUGUUGCCGGGCUUCUGUGGCACUGCUCAGUCUGGGAGUGACGGGAGCCCCGGGACCCUUUGCAAUAUUGAAGAGGAUGUGCACUCUUGGAUUGUGCCCAGUUGCACAUGAUCUGUGAGAUGUGGCUCAGCUCCCACUGUGGCACUGGCAGAAGUGUGGAUCUGGGACCACUGUGGGUUCCUUGCGUACUUUCAGAUGCUCUGUGAAACUACAGUGAGGGAUAGCGUAGGGCAGUGGCUGAAGAGCGAGAGGUUUCUUAGGAGUAACCUGAGAGACAGCCCACUUUUCAGUGUAAGCUUUUAAUGUUUAAAAAGAAGCGGCUGCUAUCCUCUUCUGCAAGUGACUGUGUUCAAAGAAUGGAAGGGGAAUGAACAAAACUGAAUGGACCAGAAUUUGAUUCCUGGGUGGGAUGCAUUUGGACCAAGGCACUUGUUGAGGUGGUGGUCUGCAAAAGGGUGAGCAAACUAGAAUUGUGGUUGACUAUAGAACAUAGUUGGAAGAGCCACAGCUGUGUGCCAUUUUGAGGGUUCAUCAUGGAGUGCACUCCUCUUACUGUGUUCUGCCUUGUCAGUCUCCCUAAAAACAUGUGUCUUGAAAUGGUUGCUUGUACUGUAUAGUUGGGCCAAAACCCUCUUGGGAAAGCCUCUAAGUCUUAGAAUGAUAGAAUGGUAGGGUUGGAAGAGACCACAAGGGUCAUAUAGUCUAGCUCCCUGCAAUGUAGGAAUCUUUUGGCCAAUGUGGGAGUUGAACUCACGACACUGAGCCUAAGAGUCUCAUGCUCUACCAACGGAGCUAUGCUUGCUUUCUUACUGCCAAAGUGAGUGGUGGGAGCUUCUAGAGAGCAGCUGCCUGCACUUCAGUCUGGAUACUGUAGCUCAUAGCUGGGUACAGUGGUACCUCGGGUUACAGACGCUUCAGGUUACAGACUCAGCUAACCCAGAAAUAGUACCUCGGGUUAAGAACUUUGCUUCAGGAUGAGAACAGAAAUCACGCGGCGGCGGCGCGGCAACAGCGGGAGGCCCCAUUAGCUAAAGUGGUACCUCAGGUUAAGAACAGUUUCAGGUUAAGAAUGGACCUCCAGAAUUAAUUACGUUCUUAACCCGAGGUACCACUGUACCUUGAAACCAUCUGCUGCCCUUCCUGCAACCGAAUGUUUAUUAAUAAGGGAUUCUGUCCGUAUAAAGGUAGUUGUUACAUCAUGGUUAGCAAUUAGACACAUGAUGUUCAGCCAGAUGGGAGGUCAUAGAAUCAUAGAGUUGGAAGAGACCACAAGGGCCAUCGAGUCCAACCCCCUGCCAAGAAAGGUGUGUCAUGAAUUGCUAGUACCAUGACAUAAUAGCAGCUCAUGUGGGUGGAAGACUUUAAGCUGCUUCCUCUUAUCAGAGUAUGGGAAACUGUAGAAGCAGCAAAAGCACAACGCUACUUCUAAAUAAAGGCAAUGCACUUUCAAAGUUGAUUUUACUGGAUAGUAUGGUAGCACAUGCUGGAGUUCAUUGCUCUGUGGCUGCUUUGCAUGUGAUUCAAUGUUGAGAUGCGGCCAUGGGAAGUUGUAAUUUGCACAAGACUCUUUUCUGUUCACUUUUUUCCAUGUGUUCCAGUGUUAGAAAUUAGUCAGGUGCAAUUUUGUGACCACAUGGAGAUUUCUGGAUGCCAGGUUGCAGACUGACAUCCGCAUCUGGCAGGUCCUUCCAGCUUCCUUAAGCAAGUAAGCAGAAUAACUUAUUUAUUGCAUUUAUAUCUCACCUUUUUCUCCAAGGAGUACGUAGUUUACUCCCCUCCUCAUUUAAUCCCUACAACAACCCAGUGAGGUAGGUUAAGAGGCUGUGACCGGGCCAGGGCCACCCAGUGAGUUUCAUGACUGAGUAGGGAUUUGAACCCUGAUCUCCCAGGUCCUAGUCUGGCACUCUAACCACUACUCCACACUGGCUUCCUGGAGUACCUCUGCUAUGGGGCAGCUAUAUGAAUUAAGUAAAUAAAUAUGGGGAAAGCAAAAUGUAACUCAGAGAAGGAUCUGAAAUAUUUUCCUUGAAGCUUGAAUUUGUUUUAUUCUGGAUUAUUUUAUUUUAUAUUAUAUUUCAAUGUGUUGUAAAUGGAUUUGAGAUUUUUGCUUUAAAAUAUAAAGCAGGAUAUAAAUGAAAUGAAGAAGAAGAAACUUCAUUGGUGAAAAAAUGGCACCUAGACAUUCUGUUGCGGCGACCGUAACCUAGGUUUAAGGCAUCAUUUGGUGAUUAGUUUAUACUUCUGAGUUUCUAAUACUGCUCCUUGCCCAACAGAGCAGGUUGUUAGUGAUUGUUAAUUUCUCUUCAUGGAAGGUUAAGAGGUAACACCUCAUCCACCUUCAGCAUCUGGCUCUUCUUGUAAUUAUUAUUAUUAUUAUUAUUAUUAUUACAUUUGUUAUCUCAGGUGUCAAGGUAAAGAGAUGUGUCUUCAGCAUUCACCAAAAAUCAUAUAAUGAAGGUACCAGAGGCAUCUCUGUGCAGAGUGAAUUCCACAGCAGAGGCUGCCAUAGAAAAUACUACCCCCCAAACUUUGAAGGAGGUAGAACUACUAUGUGGGCCUCCUCUGCUGUGCUCACCACCCUAGAGCAGGGGUGUCAAACUCAAAUUCAUCGGGGGCCGCAUCAGCAGUUUGGUCACCCUCAAAGGGCCGGUUGUAUCUGUAGGACUUACAGUACAGGAGAGAAGGGUUCAGGCAGCCAUUGGAUCUGCCACAUCACAGGAUGGCAUGCGCUCAAUAUAAAAACAAGUGGAGGUUUCCUGAAUGCAUGUAAAAUGGAGGUUUCCUGUGUAGAACGGCUGGCGCCGCUAGAGGGCAGACGUUCUCUGGCUUGUAGGCUGCCGCGCAUGCACUGAAGAGGCGGCUUUCUUGUGUCAAAAAAAAAAAAGAAAAAGCGAGAAUAAAAGGUGAAGGCUGGCGGCCGGCGGCGGCUACACGGGCCACAUGACGAGGUCUGGCGGGCCGGAUUCGGCCCGCGGGCCUUGUGUUUGACACCCGUGUCCUAGAGAAUCUGCAGGGAAGGAGGCAGCUUUCCAGCUAUUUGGAGCCAAAGUCACUUUGGGCUUUAGACUUGAGCAUAAGCACUUUGAAUGGGCCCUGAAAUCAACUGGCAGCCAAUGCAGCUGUUUUAGAUCGAGGCUAUAGGAGGCAACCCCAGCCACUUAACUGACCACUGUGUUUUGAACCAGUUGAAGUUUCCAAGCCAUCUUCGAGGGCAACCUCCCAUAAAGCACAUUGCAAUAGUCUAGUCUGGAAAUCAUCAAAGCAUGGAGUACUAUGGCCCAAAGGGGCUGUAGCUGACGAAACAGCUGCCGCUGCAAAUACACAUUUGUAGGCUCCAGUGACAAUGUUGGAACAGGAGUAUCCCCAAGCUAUGAACCUGUUCCUUCUGGGGGAGUGCAACCCCAUCCAGAACAGGCCAUCUUCCCAUCUCUUGGAUUUGAGAACUUGGAGCACAUAAAAUCUGUGUCUCUUCAGGAUUCAGCCUCAAAAGUUUUUGCCCACAUCCAGUCCAUCAUUGCCUCCAAACACCUGUCUAGUAUCUCAGGCACCUCUCCUGAUUCAGAUGGAACAGAGAUGGGUGUCAUCUACAUAUCUGUGACACCACACUCCAUAUCUCCUGAUGACAGCUCCCAGAGGUUUCAUAUAGAUGUUAAUAACAUGAUAGGCAAGAUAGAAGCCUGUGGGACACCACAUGACAACUCCCAUCGAUUGCAUUGUACAGUGCCCCCAUCACUAUUUUCUGAAGUAUAGUGCCCCCAACCCCCUUCUCCUUGAGCUGCUCCAUUAUACUGUGGUCAGUGGUAUCAAAAGCUGGGGAGAAGGCAUGAAGAACGAGCCAGGUCCCACUGCAGUCAGAUUGAAACGUAUCCCAUUAUUGAGCCUCCUCCAAGUGUGCUGGAAUCUGGACAGCCACCAUCCUCUUGAGCAUCGGGCCUCGAAAAGGGGAUAUUUGCCACUGAGUGAUAGUGGCUUAACCCUUCCGGGUCCAGGCAUAUUCCUAUAGACUUCUGUUUUCUCUUGCGGACAAGAACCUAGGCAAAUGAAUCCUCAAUUCUUUUAGGCAAGAGUAGAUGUGUUCGAGACCCAACCAGGCAUGGUGGAGAGAGAGAAUGAGAGAGAGUGAAUGAAUGGAGCACCUUAACUUGUUUAUUUGCACAUUUCAAAAGGCAACGUCUUUGAUCUUUUAAGAGAGGGAGAGAAAGAAAGUUUUGUGGUUGCCAUGCACAGAAGAAUGGCGCAUGUUGAAGGAUGGUUGUGUCUGCAUGAAUGCUGCACUGUUUGGGGCUGCUGUUAAAGACUGGAAACUUCAGUUGGCUCAAAAUAUGGGUCCAGAAUGCUAUUGGGAACCUAGCAAAUGGAUAUGCAGUGGUACCUUGGUUCUUGAACUUAAUCUGUUCCAGAAGUCCGUUCAACUCCAGAAACCAUUUGAAAACCAAGUUGCAGCUUCUGAUUGGCUGCAGGAGCUACCUGCACUCAAGUGGAAACUGCUUUGGACGUUCGGCUUCCGAAAAACAUUCAGUAACCAGAACACUUCCGGGUUUUCAGUGUUCAGGAGUCGAUUUGUUCAACAACAAAGCCAUUCGAGAACUGAGGUACCAUUGUAAUGCCAAUCUUAUAUUAUCAACUACAUCACUUCUGGGCUCAUUUGUAAAGUGCUGAUGGUUUUAAUGGCCUGGGGUCAAGUCAAUUUUAAGCGCCUCAUUUGCCUAAGCCGUGAGAUUGGCAUUGGGAGUCCUGCACCAGCUAUGAGGUGCAGGACCUUUUAUGAGUGGCAAUCUCAAAACUUAGUAGGGGUCCCCCUGAAGAGAUCAGUUGGGCCCCCUCUGUGCCUCCUUUUAGAUGGACUUGAAUGCCUGCCCCCCCUUCUGUUGUUAGUUGCGAUUGUAUUCUGUUUGUAAUACAGUGGUACCUUGGUUUACGAACUUAAUCCGUUCUGGAAGUCUGUGCUUAAACCAAAAUAGUUCUUAAACCGAGGCAUGCUUUCCCUACUGAGGCCUCCUGCCGCCGGUGCCCUUCCACCGUUCGGAUUCCAUUCUUAGACCAAGGUAAAGUUCUCAAACCAAGACACUAUUUCUGGUUUUGCGAAGUUUGUAAACCAAAUUGUUCUUAAACUGGACUGUUCUUAAACCGAGGUACCACUGUAGUAGGAUUGCUUGUUAUAUCUUUUUAAACAUUAUCUUGUUUUAAUUGCAUAUGAGAUUGCCACUGUUUACUUUGAUGCAUGCCACUUUGGAUGCAAAUAUAUGUGGAAAAGUGAGGUUUCAAUUGAUGUAAUCUACAGUCAAGGGACUUGGCUGAUUGGUUUGGGUCAUCCUGCAACCAUAUGCUAGCAUGACUCCUUCCUUAACUGUGGUUGUGUGCCUUCAUUCUACAAAGUAGAAAGUUCCAUCUAGUUGUCAUGAUGACAGAAACUGUCAACUGGUGGUUGGCGCUGCCCAUUUUGGAGACUAGAGCGCGAGGGAGAUGGUUUUGUUUGUGUAGGCCAGGGCUUGGCAGAUAACCUUAAGAUACAUAAGGAUUUACUGAUAGAUCUCUGGGUGAGUUGCAGCAGAUAGGCCAAGAUUUCUGACUUUUCUGACGUCCAGUUAUUUAAUAAUGCCAACAACAAAAUGACUUCCAACUCCAAAAUUAUAUUGUUGUGAUGAAGAAAGCUGGGGGAUAACCUGUCAUCUGGCUGGCCGCUCUGAAAACAAGAUGCUAGAGAGAUGGGCUGCUGGCUCUUAUUAAGUUCGGAAUCAGGACUGAAUUUGUAUUUAGUUCUGCUUCUCAGAGCAAAUCGCUAGGUUCAAAAUUCUUUUCAUUCCAAAUAUAUGUCUCUUGCAUUUGGAUCUUAAGGUUCUAGUAAAAAAUGAAGUACAUCCCAUAAAUCUGAAAGUUGCUCCCCCCUGGGUUGGCAGAGAGUUGGUGGGUGUGUCUGCAGUUGCUGGUGCACUGGCAGGCAUAUACCAAUUGUCUGGUCAGUAAAACCACAGCAGGGAUUUGGGCCUAAUGUUUUUGAAGCAGUGAGGGUUUUGUUUAAGUGUGUGUGUGUGUGCAGGUUGUGGUUAAGGGUUCCUUGCCCACGCACUGGCCUUGCAGCCAAGAAUUGCCUCCCUUGUAGCCUUCUGAGGUUGGAGGAGUAUCUGCCAUACUUACCACCUGCGUAUGUUCUGUGGGGGUUUCCCCCUUAUUCCCUGACCUAUGAAAACUGAGACAGUGCUGUUGUUGUUCUGCUAGAAGUAGGAGGCAUGUGGAGAGAGAAUUUCUGUGAAAGGGAGACUUGAAACUAAAUUUAAAACCCCUUGUCACACUUCUGCAUUAUGUAGUUCUGCUUCUCAGAGAAAGGAAACUCCUCUGUUGGUGCUUUUUUGUCUUGUAAGCCACUGGUGCUGGCCUUCCUGUCAGUUAGUGACUAAUCUUCCAAUUUUUGCAUGUUGCAUUUGUGCAGCCAGAGCAAAGAAGCACAGGCAGGAACUUCUGACUCACAACGUUUACCUACUUGGGAGGAGAGAGGGAGGAAGGCACUGAAACGCCUAGGGCCACCUUUACACGUUAUGCCACGUGGUACCCACCUAAGGACACUAGAAGAGUCUAGCAGCAGGAUCAGUCCAAAAGGACCCAUCUAGUUCAACACCCUGUUUCCACAGCGGCCAGCCAGAAGCCUUUUUAGCACAGCAGACACUGUGUCUGUCCUAUAAUCUGAAGGUCCUGAAUUUAAGCCUCAGAGAAGGCAACUUGCAGCUCUCUCAUUUGGACAGCCAGUGUGGUGUAAUGGUUAGAGUUGACCAUGACCUGGAAGACCAGGGUUCAGAUCCCCACUUGGCCAUGAAGCUCACUGGGUGACCUUGGGCCAGUCACCAUCUUUCAGUCUAACCUACCUCACAGUAUUGUUGUGGGUAUAAGAUGGAGUGGGGGGGGGGGGAACCAUGUAAAUCAUCUUGAGCUUCUUGAAGGAAAAGGUGGUAUAGACAUACAUACAUAUGCCAGCCAGCCAGCUACCAAGCCCAUUAUGUGAAACCUGCAAGCAGGACCUGAAUACAACUGCAGUGCCCUCUCCACCUGUGUUUCCCAGUCACUGGUAAUUAGAAGCAUGCUGCCUCUGACACUGGAGAAAGAACAUGCUCAUUGCUAGUCGCCAUUGAUUGUCUUGCCCUCCAUCCAUUUGUCUGGUCCUCUUUUAAAGCCAUCCAAGUUGGUGGCCAUCACCCACAUUGGUACUUUAGUUGACGUUUGACUUGCAUGUGCCCACAAGUCAAGUCCCUCAAAAGAGAAUGCCGCUCUAGUGUGCACCACAGCACCUGUGCAGAUCUUUGGGAGGCUUUGUCCCAGUGCUUGCAAUCCAGGGAAGAAGCAGCAGCCCAACAUUGUAGCACAGCCUGGCCUGUGGGACCCCUUACCCACAUUUGUGUGCUCCAUCCAUGGAAGGUUCAGAGGAUGGCAACAGAAGAGCAAGCCUUUAUGGUGGUAGCCCCGUUUGUGAAAUGCUCUCUCCAGGCAGGGAAUGAUGCCUGUUGCCAUCUCCAUAUAGUUUUAGGUGCCAGGCAAAUACUUUUCUUUUCCCUUGGACUUUUGUCCCUUAAUCUGAGGGACAUUGUGGCUGCUUUUGGUGAGGUGGGACAUGUAGUCUUGUAUUUUUCAUAGAUUUAUAGAAUUGGAGAUGGAAGGGACACAAAGGUUUAUCUAGUCCAACCUCCUGCAAUGCAGGAACCUCCGCAGUUUAGCUGCGUUUUCCCAUCAUUUUUAUACUGGUGGUGUCUAUAGGUUUUUAUUGUUUUAAAUUGCUUUUAAAGUAAGUUGCUUUGAGUUACCUUUGUAAGAAAAGUGACAAACAAAUACAAUUCCUCCUCCUCCUCCUCCUCCUCCUCCUCCUCCUCCAGAUUUGCCAUGCCUGGUCUUCCUGCUAAUGCUGCCAUUCUUCCAUAGAAUCACAGAACUGUAGAGUUGGAAGGGGUCCCAUUGAUCAUCUGUUCUAGCCUCCUGCAAGGCAAGAAUCACAGUUAAAGAAUCCCUGACAGUUCACAAUCCAACAUCUGUUUGGAAACCUCCAGUGAAGGAGAGUCCAUCACUUUCCCAGGGGAUUCCAUUCCACUGCUAAACAGCUCUUAUCACCAGAAAUCCCUUCCUCUAGUCGGAAUCUCUCCUCUUGUCCUUUGAAUCCUUUGGUUUGGAUUGUGCCCUCUGGAGCAACAGAAAAUGUGCUUUGAGCAUGUUCCCCCCCAAAUGCUGCUUCCUGAAGCAUGUGCUUUCCCUAUGUCAAAGUUGGGGACACACUUUUACACCAGAGAAGGGUUGUGGAUUUUUUUUGGGGGGGGGGGUUUAGAAACAACCCACCUGCAGAGGAGCUCCUCCCACCCCAGCACAUCUCAGCAUGACUCAGAAUUGCUCUGACGUCCAGGACGUCCCCACUGUACCACUUGCCCUUCAACACGGUGGCUACCGACUGUAGGUGGGGGUUGGGGGGGGGGAGCCAGCGUGGUUGGGUUUAACAGGGUAUGUGAAAUGAUGCACAUGAUUUCACAGCACUGCCAACACAUCAUCCCAUACUUACUAAGCACACCGGCUCACUCAUCAGAAAUAUGCUACAUUGUCAAUUACCAAAUCCACCCACACAGCAGAUCUGUGAGCAGGUCAACACUUGCCUUUAAAAGCUUGCUUGUGACGACAACAAGCACAACAAGCUUCUGUGUCUGUUUUCCCCUUUUUCUCUUCCCCUCUCCCCCCUCCCUCCUUUUCACUUUCCCUUUGCCUUCUCUUUUCCUUCCCAGCCAGAGGCAGCCAAAGGAAUUUGGCUCCUGAGGCAGAAAAUCUAUAUGACAUCAUCCCUGCCACCCCUCCCCAAAAAGUUAAAAUAAUGAACUCCAUUAUUUGGUGGGGAGGGACCCUCAGCUCAGUGGCAGAAAACAUGCUGUGAGCGCAGAAUAUUCCGGUUCAUGCCUUGGUAUCUCCGGGUCAGGCUGGGAAAGAUUGAAGCCAAAGACUGUGGAGAGCAGAGGAUGCUGCUGAUCAGUGUGGGUGAAGGGUGGGAAUGCCCCCAUCCUGCUAAGGGCCACAUUCUCUUGGGGGCAAUGUGUGUGUGGGGGGGUGUCCAGUGGGGGGGGGGCUGCUUUCAGGAUCAUCAGCUUUCAGUGUUGUUACGUACUGAAGUUCUCGCCCUGGGCCAGCAGGGGGAUACUGUAGAUAGUUUCACUCUGGUCUGCAUAUGCAAAUAAGGAAUUCAAAGUGGCGUUCAGUGAUUGGAUAGUUACAGAAAGUUGUUACUGUUGCUUUGUAGUUGAACUCUAUAUAAGCAGGUUGGCUGAACCCUUCAACCCAGUUCUGUUCUGGCCUGUGAAUAAACAAGAGCUGUUUGAAGAAUUGCUGUGUCGUCUGAUAUGUUCACCCACAACUUAACAAGUGUUACACACACACACACACACACACACACACGGCGUGCUUCCAUCCAUUCGUUCACCUUCCUUCUCUCUCUCUCUCUCUUCUCCCCCUGGAGUGGCAAUUAGGGUUUUGUUUUCAGUUUUAAAUUUAAAAAGCUCCCAUUGGUGUCUAUGGAACCUCCCCCCCCCCCCGUCCCCGUCCCCAAGCCUGAUUGCCACACUUGGGAGUUAGGUGGGGUUUUUAUCGUGUUGGCAGUGUGUGGCAGGGUGGGGAGCAGAGGGUUAACAUUGUAGAUUGCGUGGAGCUGGAAGCAUCUGUGGGCUAACUCAUGACAAGACAGCUGCCUACAUUUUGAGCACAAUUGCUGACAACUGGCUCUUCCCCUGCCACCCCCAGAGGCAGGCCGCCGCAGCUUGCCUUAAUGGUGCGCUCAGUCCUGUCCCCAGAUUUGCCUCAUGCUCUGGACAUGUUUAUGCUCUGUCUCUGGCUCCUCCUGCCCUCCCCCAAAUCAGCCAGCCGUGUUUGGAGGCAGAGAAAGUUUAGUCUGCCUCAAGUCUCACUCCAGAGGUGUGGCGUACAGUGGCUUGCAGGCAGAGGGAGCUAGAGACCUUCUCUGAUAUCUGGCUGUGCCACAGUUUUGUGGGCCUCACACAAGUGUCCAGGAUGUGAUUGUUCAGUGGGUUUUGUGGCGGUGACUUGAGGGCUGGCAGGCAGGGAUUCAGACCUGGUUCACCACCAAUUGUAUGAUGACUUGAGUCUUGAUAGUUGCAAAAGGCUCACCAAGUCAUGAAUUGAGGUCCUCCCAAGUCCUCCAUCACUUCUGUUAUGGAGACACAACCUCUUUUAAAGCUUGGGGACAGAGAGGUGUUCAUUAAAGAUUUAAGCCAGUUGGAAAGCUGUUUUAAAUAGCAUCCUUUUCUUUAAAAAAAAAACCUCUGGAAUUUGUUGCUGUGUGUUGAAACUUGGGUAAGCUUCUGGCAGGUGCCCAGUUUUCUUAGAUGGGAGCCAUGAUAGUUGAUAAGUCGUUUUUGAAAUGGAUUUCAGUGUGUGGUGUAGGUAUGUCAUAAGACCUUUCUUCCAUGGGAGGUCCAGAGGGUGGCAACACGAGAAGGGCCUUUUCUGCAGUGGCUCCCCACUUGUGGAACGCUGUCCCAAGGGAGGCUUGCCUGGCGCCUUCAUUGCAUAUCUUUGGGCACCAGGCAAAAAUGCCUCUCUUUAACCAGGCCUUUGGCUGUUUAACAUUCUAUACCAUUUUAAAUGUGUUUGCGGGAGGGGGAUUAUUGGCUUGUUUCUGUUCUUCUUGUUUUUAUUAUGUAUUUUGUGGUCUUGUUUUGUAUUUUUAUGUUGUGAAUUCCCUAUGAUCUUUGGGUGAAGGGCAGUAUAUAAAUUUGAUGAAAAGUGAAUAAUAAAAGAUAUGGUUGUUGUUGUUGUUGUUACAGCAAUUAUACCCUGAGCUGUGCUCCUUCCUGUGGAGCAGGAGGAAGGAGAAUGCAGAAUGAAGCCUCUGUUCUAUUUGGCACUGUUCAGACAUAGUGGCCAAGCCAUAGCUUGUUGUGUUGUGAACAGACUUCAGACUUACCUCCUCCAAUCUCUUUCCAAACCUUGCCACCCCCCAUCCAGUUUAAAUAAGCUGAAGGUCUUGGUGAACCACUGAAUUUUUUUCUUCUUCCUGUUAUAGCGAUUGCAACACACUGUGCUAGCUGCAGUAUGACUGUUAAUUGUAUUUUUAAUUGCCUCUUUUAUUUCUUACAUAUUGUGUUACAACUUGAAUUCCAGGGAACCUUUCCCAAGUGUCUCUUGCUCACCCUGGCCGUUUCUAGUCUAUCCUGCUCACCUUGUGGGCAGACUGGGCUGCUGAGUACUCACAGAUGCUCUGCAGAGCACCUCCAUAAAGCUCAUGGACCACUGCUGAUCUGCAGGUUUGGGAGCCCCUGGUGUAAACCAUAGUUUGUAAUAUCCAAAUUGGGGAAACCACGGGUUGCUUAAAACAGGAAGGGAAUUGUAGUUCAUGGUGCUGGGAGAGGAAGUGCAGUAGUGUUUUAAUGACAGCCAAACCAUGUUGUUUGAACCAGGCCUUAACUUUUCUCUUUAACCGUUGUGAAAGUUUUUUUCUGGUGGAAGUAAGGUAUUGUUGGACAGUUUCUGUAAAUCAAAAUUUUUGUUGGGACUGCUUGCACUGAACUGUAUAUGUUUCAGAAUUCACAUGUGACUUGGAAAGCUGUCACAGAUUCAUUUUUAUGGGUGCCAUCAAUAUUUUAAUAAUAUAUUGCAGGGAAGAACUAUUUAA